AUGUCACUUUUCUUAUUUUGUUUUUCUAAGUGGUCCAGAUUCAAGGAGCUAAACAAGAUUUUGAAAGGUUUUCGCAGUCAUGAAAUGUCUGUUCUCUCGGGCAAGACAGGCAUCGGAAAGACAACUUUUGCUUGUGAGUAUUCCUUGGAUCUUGCGGAGCAGGGCGUUAAAACCUUAUGGGGAAGUUUCGAAAUUUCAUUGCCGAGGUUAUGCAGGACUCUUCUCCACCAAUACGCUGGAGAGCCUUUAACCAAUCUUGAGCCCGCUCGAGUAGCCGCUUGGGCGGCUUCUUUCCGUCAGGAGAUACCGAUGCUCUUCCUAAAUAUGCAUGGUCGGCCGAGCGAAAACGAAGUAUUCCUGGCUCUGGCUGAUGCCGUAAAAAAGCGCUCCGUUGAACAUGUGAUAUUGGAUAACCUCCAAUUCAUGAUGGGUGCAGCAGGAAAUCGCUUGGAGGAGAAAUUUCAGAGGCAGGACCGUUUCGUCGAACGCCUACGAGGCUUCGCGAGUGAUACGGGCGCCCACUUAACCGUCGUCGUACAUCCUCGAAAAGUUGAUGAUGACAAUCUUCUGACAAUCAGCAGCCUUUACGGCGGUGGUAAAAUAAGCCAGGAAGCAGACAACAUUUUCCUUCUACAGGAAGAGAUUGUUAAAAAUCGCUAUGAUGGCACAGUGGGUAAAUUUGAUCUUCACUUUAAUCGCGAACGAAUGUCUUUCAAGCCAGUGUCUCGUAAUCUGACAAUGGAAGCGCCACUCUCAGAUGCCCUUCGGUGA